AUGGCAACCUGCUCACUAGCCUGCGGAAAUAUUCUUACGGCGGCUUGGACGUCGGUUGCGCACCGUACAGCGAACAAUGGGGGGAGAUGCGAAAACUUGUCGUCGUUCAUCUCUUUAGGGCCAAAAGGGUUCAAUCAUUUCGCGCCGAUUAUUGAAGAAGAAGUUUUCGUUUUGAUCGAAGAGAUUUCGAAUUAUUCUGAUAAUGAGGUCAUUAACUUGAGUUCAAUGGUGAUGAAUCUCGCAAGCGCGGUGAUAUGUCGAAUGGCUUUCGGAAAGAAGUAUGAUGAACGGGAUCAUGACAAGAAGAGGAGAACUAAUCAGAUUUUGAUUGAAUGUCAGGCUAUGUUUGCCGUGUUUUUCGUGUCGGAUUACCUUCGUCCUUUGAGGUGGAUUGAUAAGUUGUCUGGAAUGUUGGCUCGUCUUGAAAGGAAUUUCUCCGAUUUGGAUUCGUUUUAUCAAGAACUUAUUGAAGAUCAUAUGAACCCCAAUAGGCCAGAUUCAAUGAAGGAUGAUGUUCUUGAUCUGAUGAUUCAAAUCAAAGACAAACAAUUGUUAUCCUUUAAUUUUUCUUGGGAUCGCAUCAAUUUGUUUAAUUUUUCUUUUUGGUAUCAGAUUUAG